CGCACGAGCCGGUCGCGCACAAAUUAAAAUCCCUGCUCCCCCGCCACCCCCCCCCCCCCCCCCCCCCCCCCCGUUCCCAAGAACACUCCGGCGGCUCCCCACCGACAGCGCUCGAUCGAGCUAAGCUUGGUCGCCCGGCCGCGUGCAAAAGAUCUAUCCAUGGCGCGGCUCCCGCGACUGCCCGCCGCGGCGGCCUUCGCCGUGGCCGUCCUCCUCUCGGCCGCCGCGCUGCCGGCGGCGCGGGCCGCGUCGCCGGCGGCGGACGACGCGCCCGAGUACCGGAACCACACCGUGGGCGGCGCCGACGGCUGGUUCUUCGACGCCAGGACCAACGCCACCUCCGGAAACUACUCCGGUUGGGCCAACGGCGAGACGUUCUACCUCGGUGACUACCUCAUAUUCAAGACGAACGACAACUCGUCGGUGGUGCACACCACCAACGCCACCACCUACGACCUCUGCGACCCCUCCGACGACCUGUCUCCGGUCACCUACAUCUACGGCGGCGGCGGCGGCCUCGAGGAGAACACCAUCCCGGUCCCUCUCGUCGAGGAGGGCGCCAACUACUUCUUCUCCGACGCCGACGGCGGCGCGCAGUGCCAGCAGGGGAUGCGCUUCGAGGUCAAGGUCGAGCACGGCCAGGGCCUGCCGCCGUCGCUGAAGAACCCGCCCCCGGCGCCCAAGGAGCGCGUCCUCGCGCCGCCACCGGCCGGGACGGCCUUCUCGGGCACAGGCGGGGUCGAGCCAGGGGACGGCGCCGGGGACAACGGCGGCGCGGGCAGGAGCGGCGCGUGCAGAGCGGCGGCGGCCGGCGGCCGGUUCUUAGGGGCGGCUGUCGCUGUGGCGCUGGCGGCUCUGGUUGCUGCCUGAUCGAGUGGACUUGGUGGGGUCGCGAUGUCAGAGAUAGGAGUUCUGCCAUUGGUUGUUUGGAUUUCUGUAUUUAAUUUUAUUUAUUUGACCUUACUAUUUUGGUGGGCGAUAUAUUGUCAUUGUUUUACUAGUUUUAUUUAUUUUUCUCCUUUUGCAAUCAUA